CCGGGGAGACGUCGGGAGUCGGUGGCCCGGCGGCGGCCGAGCGGCGGCAGCGCGGCGACCCCGGCGCAGCAUGACGGCCAUCGCUGUGCAGGCCCAGAGGCUGUUGGGCCAAAGGAGGCCCCGCCGGUCCUUCUUUGAAUCCUUCAUCCGGACCCUCAUCAUCACGUGUGCCUCCCUGGCCGUGGUCCUGUCCUCCGUCUCCAUCUGUGAUGGGCACUGGCUCCUGGCCGGGGACCGGCUCUUCGGGCUGUGGCACUACUGCACCGCCACCAACCAGAGCGAGCCACGCUGCCUCAGAGACCUGGGUCAGGCCCACGUGCCCGGGCUGGCCGUGGGCGUGGGCCUGGCCCGCACCGUGAGCGCCUUGGCCGUGGUGGCCGCCAUUUUUGGCCUGGAGCUCCUCAUGGUGUCCCAGGUGUAUGACGACGUCCACUCACGGCGCAAGUGGGCCAUGGGCUCCGUCCUCCUCCUGGUCUCUUUUGUCCUCUCCUGCGGGGGGCUCCUGGGUUUUGUGAUCCUGCUCAGGAACCAGGUCACGCUCAUCGGCUUCACCCUGAUGUUCUGGUGCGAAUUCACUGCCUCCUUUCUCUUCUUCCUGAACGCCGUCAGUGGCCUUCACAUCAACAGCAUCACCCAUCCCUGGCAACAACCAAGGAAAUUUUAGGGCCCCCCCGCAACCCAGGGACAUCAGGUUCUACAAGAAAGUGUGGUCAGGAUGGGACUUUUCCAACAUGUGGCCUCUGGUGGGCUGGAGUAGGACAGUGACCUUGAGACUGCUGCUCCUUUGGGUGGUCGGCCGGAAAUGGCCCAGGGGCCUCUGCAGCUGGUCUGCAGGCCUGGAGGCCAGGAGGGUGCGUCAGUGCCACCGGCUGCACAACCUCGCCCAAAUUAGUAGGGCAUUGAUUAUAGAAGAAGAAAAACAUUUUUAAACUUUUCUUGAGUUUUCUUCCCUGGACUGGAAUAGAUUUGGAAGCAGCUUGAGUAGCUGGUGCCUGGGCUAGCUGCACAGCCAAGCCCGGUUCACGCCUAUUUUAUUGACGCCAUGCUGGGAUAUGGGCUAUGGGAUCCCAGGAGUGCCCAGGCUUGCUAAGAAUGGGUCAUUCUUGCAGCUGAGGGUCCAAUCAGUGCCCAGGACUUUCUUCCACCAGCCGAAAGGGCUUCCAUGCAUAUGUCCCUGGCUUUAGUUUUGGCCAUGUCAAGGACGCAGAGUUCAAGAUUCCCUCAGAAUGUCUUGCACGUAGUAGUUUUCAAACCACUUGACUUGGUUUGACCCCUGCCCUUUGUGGGAGCCUCACAACUUGUGGAUAACCCUAGCUUCUAGCAGCUGGCUGUCCCCCCCCUGGGGACUGGGGACUCUGCCUGUCAGAAUCCUGCUUGAAGGUGGAUUUCCUUUCUCCUUCGAGAAGAGUUCUUGCUUGAGCAAGCCCUCCCAGGAGCCCACCUGACUUCUGAAUACACAGUCCUCCCCAAGGCCA